CGUCAGUAUUGUGCGGGCCGCGCGGAAAAGAAACAGGCUCGGUGUUUUCACAGGGGUAUCACUGUAAACUAUAGUGCGGCUGGCCAUAAUACGACUUGAAGAAACCCAAUCUAAACUCUCUGGCCAUCGACAAAUAUUUUAAUGUUUAUUGAAUAAAUGGGCCGUGUUUUGGUGCUAGUGAUCAGCGGUCCCCAGCGGCUCUUCUGGUGCGAAUAAGUGUUCACGACGUUUCCAACGGGCCACCGAGUGCCCGUGUGUGCCGCCGGAAGCAUGCACACCCUCUUCGGCGCCGACCAGAACGCCUACUACCGACACUCAGGUAGCUAUGCCAACUCGCUGCAGCCGAUGGCGGCAAUGUCGCCGAUGACGCCGAUGACGUCAAGUGGCUACAGCUAUGACCAGUACUCGGUGGCGGCGCGGUACAGCCCGUACGCCACCUCCUACAGCCCGCACCAGAUGCCAGUGAAGGACAUGGUGAAGCCGCCGUACUCGUACAUCGCUCUCAUCACCAUGGCCAUCCAGAGCACGCCAGAGAAGAAGAUCACGCUGAGCGGCAUCUACCAGUUCAUCAUGGAGAAGUUCCCCUACUACCGUGAGAACAAGCAGGGCUGGCAGAAUUCGAUUCGACACAACCUCAGUCUCAAUGAGUGCUUCCUGAAGCUGCCACGCGACGAUAAGAAGCCGGGUAAGGGCUGCUACUGGGCGCUCGAUCCCGAUUCCUACAACAUGUUCGACAACGGCAGCUACCUGCGCCGGCGGAGGCGCUUCAAGAAGAACCGCGACGGCGCCGGCGCCGACAAGAAGGAGCCCGGCCGCGGCGAGCCCAAGGUCAAGGAGGAGGCGCCCGACGGGAAGGCCGACCCCUGCCGCUCGCCCAAGCCGGCCGAGCCGGCGCUCUGCAAGCUGAAGACGGAGCCGCUGGAGCUGCCGGCGCUACCGUCCGUCAGCCCGACGGCGCCGGGCGUCGAGGCGCCGGCCGCCGAGCCCGUUUACACCAACAUGGACUGCCAGCAGCCGGCGCCGCCACCGCCGCCGCCG